GCUCGGGGGCCCGGGGCUGCCGGCAUCGCCCGGCGGCAGCUCCGCGGGGCCCGGCCCGAGGGGGCGGGAGCCCCCCGGCCCCCGUGCCAAUGGCUGCGGGGGGAUGGCUCUGCCUGGACGUUCCCGCUCCCUUACAGGAUGGAAAUUCCGGGCCUCCCCGGGGAGGGAGCUCGGGCUCCGCGCUCUGAAAGGCUCAUUUAUCCCCGCGCUGCCGCGCAGAGCGGCGGACAGGGGCCCCUGCGCCGCCGCCUCCCCCUGCCCGGCGCAUCCCGCGCCCCCCGCCCGCACCAUGCGCCGCGCCCCGCCGCUGCUGUUGCUGCUGCUGCUGGCGCUGCUGCUGCCGGCGGCCCCGCCGGCCGGCGGCUCCGAGAGCCCCAAGGGGAAGCAGAAGGCGCUCCGGCAGCGGGAGGUGCUGGACGUGUACAACGGCAUGUGCUUGCAAGGCCCCAGUGGCGUUCCUGGUCGGGAUGGGAACCCGGGAGCCAACGGGAUCCCCGGGACGCCUGGGAUCCCGGGACGGGACGGGCUGAAGGGGGAGAAGGGCGAGUGCAUGCGCGAGAGCAUCGAGGAGUCCUGGACGCCCAACUUCAAGCAGUGUUCGUGGAGUGCGCUUAAUUACGGCAUCGAUCUUGGGAAGAUAGCGGAAUGUACGUUUACAAAGAUGCGCUCGAACAGUGCUCUCCGCGUCCUCUUCAGCGGAUCGCUUCGGCUGAAAUGCAAAACUGCCUGUUGUCAGCGCUGGUACUUCACUUUUAAUGGAGCAGAAUGUGCUGGGCCACUUCCUAUUGAAGCCAUAAUAUAUUUAGAUCAAGGAAGCCCAGAGCUGAAUUCUACUAUUAAUAUACACCGAACUUCUUCAGUGGAAGGUCUGUGUGAAGGGAUCAAUGCCGGCUUGGUGGAUAUUGCCAUCUGGGUUGGGACUUGCUCAGAUUAUCCACGGGGAGAUGCUUCUACUGGAUGGAAUUCAGUCUCCCGAAUCAUCAUUGAAGAACUGCCAAAAUAACUUCAUCUCCCUUUCUAUAAUCACUCCCUUUUAAAAAAAACUUUGUACAAUUUUCUUCAGAAGUUAUUUCUAUAGAGCUGGAUGCAAGUAUUUGACUGAAAGGCACCAAACUCUUGCAUCUGUAGUCUUUGUCUAGCCUUUUUUUGUACAUUGCAGAGGCUUUUUGUAAUGAUCAUUUUAGAAUAUGAAACACAAGUUCAUUAACUUUUUUAAUUCCUUGUUUGAUGUAUGAAAAUAUACCACCACCAUUUUAAGACUUAACUGUUAACUUUUUGUAUCAAAUAAAUAAGACCUUUUACAAAAAAAAAAUCCAGGCUAUUUUAUUGAUCAUCAAAUUGUUUAAGGUAUUUUACACGGUGUUAUGAUACAGUUUUUUUAAAAAUACUUCAUAGAAAGUUCUAAGACAGUAAACUCAGGUCUUGCCUUUAGAAAACAUACAUAACAGCUACUCCUGUAAACCUGACUACAGAAUAGGAUGCUCUGCUGUUAGUCUUAAGUAUCUCCACAAACUCCCGGUGACUUAACUGUGACCUAGAUGAUGUGCAAGUGUGAAACACCUCAUAAAAAUAGACUAUCUAAGCUCUCCUUCCUCUUUUUGCUCCUUGACAGACUGGAUGUCAGUAUAAACAUUUGGUCUCCACUAUUAGCACACAGAAAAUAAAUAAUUUUACAGUUACACAACUUCAUUGCUCCAGUAAAAUGAUUGUCGUGGAUUUAGCCUUUCAGAUAUAUACCAUCACUUUGGUGUUAAUUAAAAGCUAGCUAUAUUAAAUAGUUUGGAAGGUAUAGAAAUAAGGCAGGUUGAAAUGCCUUGGUGUUCAAAAAGUGUUCAGGUAAAGUGAAAGAAUGUCACAGCUCUUUGACUGCAGCCUCCAGACUGGACAAGUGACAACAGUGGCCGUGCCAGCACAGCACUAACUUCAGCCUUCUAAGUAUUUUCUCCCAAAUGCAACAAAUUAUAAAUAUUUUUUAAAAUUGUACAGAUUCUAAAAGGAAACAAUAGUCAUGUUUUUAUUACAAAAUCGAUUUUACAUUAAUGAAAUAAAAACAACAAACAAGAAAAAGCAUGUACAACAUGCAGAAAUCUACACUCUUCUCAUAAAUUAAAAGGAAAAAAAUUACAUCUCAGAUAAGACAUUUAUUUCAGCCAUUUAGUAUUAAAUAUCAGCUUUUAUUCUGAACAAGUUAUAAGAUUUCAGGCUUUCCCUGCUGCAAGCUUAUGUGUGAUAUUGCUGCAAGCCAGCAAGUUAUACAGCUGGUGUUUUGCCUCUGAAGAACUGUACUGUUUUUAUUGGCUUGGACGAUGGGUUUUAAGGUAUCUGAACACAAACAAGUUACUAUGAGCUAAGCUAUGGUGUGACUUUACAGAAUGUCAGUUAACAUACAGUGACUGUGUGCAUGCUUGCAGCCUCUUUUGCAUCUAUCUUGGAGCACGAGUAGCCUGUUCUGGGCCUAGAGCACACUAAUCCAGGGUAGUAAGUGCACAGCUUUUAUUCCUUUCUUAUGAUUUAUUGAUAUGUCUUCACAAUAUUUUUUGGACCAUGGGUGGCAAGAGUUAACUCAGUGUUCCAUUACAUUCAUGUUGUGUACUAGAAAACACACAAAACCAAGUAAACACCCUCCAAAGGCAGAAGAAUUUAGUAGCUGUUGGGGACCUGUACAGUAAUUUGCAUGGUAAACUUCAGCAAAUUUGAUUGUCAGCUAAAUACCCAUGGAAGCUUCCAUAACAAAAACCAAAGCCAGCCAGAACGGCCACAUGCCCUUUUCAGAUGAGAUUACCAACUCUAUCCACAUAGGAGAUGGGAUCGUGGAGGAGAAAGUGUAAAUUAUUAAUAAAGAAUAUACAAAAUGUAGUAUGCGGCAAUAGUAUCAACAUAAACAAGCAAGUGGAUUGCUGAAUUAAGAUUCAAAAUAUUGAGCAGUUUCUUCAGUCUUCCAGAUUUUAAUGUAAAACUGAAAUCAAUUUGCUGAUCUGUUAACAUUUUAUUUAAAAAGCCUUAUUUCUGCUUUAGGUUAGCCUUCUGUUAAACAGGAAGCUUCUCUAAGUGAUUAUUCAGGUGUUUUGCUGGAUACUAUUCUCUGCUCCUUAUGAAACUGAUUAUUUCCCCCUAGCUGUUGAAUGCUUGCUAAUUUAUGUCCUCCUUAGUUACGUGAUACUUUCUAGAUAUUUAAUACCUUCCUACUAAAAACAGAAGGCGGAUGUUAUGGCCAGUAAUGUAUUUUCUUAAAGAAGAACUAAACAAACCCAGACCUCCAAAAAGUACAUGUCCUUGACUGCAAUUAUUGGUAUGCAAACGAACAAAUUUACUGAGGUGUACUGUAAUUUAGUUUAUCGCUAUGUUAGCAAUCAAUAUAUUCCUACAGCCCUUUCCUCGAAUCAAAUGAAAAGACAUUCAUGGAUUUUUUUUUAAUAAAGUCCUGUGCACAAUA